GUCUGCUUCACUUCCCAUUUGGAGGGAAAUGCGGAAUGAUCAAACUCAAACGUGGUAAUGUUCGUAGGACACGAUAUUAGCUUUAAACUUGGACGGCAUUUUCUCUCUGCAUAUGGCUAUGUGUGUGGUUCGUACCACGUGUUACGGAAGCCAACUUUUAGUUUUCCCCACAAUCGCGACCUCUUCAAAGAAGAAAAAUUUUGGUCCCAAAUCCUUUGAGUCUAUACUGGUGUGAUGAGGCUCAUUAUACAGCUAAUCAAAGUUGCCAAAAGCAGGAUGAACCCGCUUCUUAGCCUGAUUUGGAUUGCCAUGAGCAUCCUAUCUCAGAGAUGGGAGGACGAAAAGUCGUUAUAUGCCCGCGAAUACUUUAUACGACCGCCGUAGAAAGAAGAACGUGUACCGUAAUAUUUCAAGCCUCACUUCCGAGCUUGAAGAGUUAAGCCUCAAGGGCUUCGAAAGUGAAUGCCUCACGAUGGCCAAGCAUUUCAACGGGUAAAACAGGAAAACCCGGCAGUGAAGCUUUAUUCGGAUUAGAGUUGAUCUUGAAGCAGUGGAAAGAAAGUUUCUAGGCAGACUCGCAUCGUCGUCAUCGUCGUCCAACGUAUAAUUCAGAAAGAAAAAACGAAGCUGCUUGGGUGUGUAUGGUACAACUGUAUAUAGAUCUCACCUUACCAGCCUGCCCGACCGCGCAGUGCAUAAAUUACGAAGCUCAGAGUCAAUCCAUCAUGGGACAAAAGGCAUGGGAUCUUCUGUGCCAGUCGCAGAGUCACCCAGGUCUCUCGUAACGUGUCCCGCCCCAAUAAGGUCAAGAAAAUAAAAUAGCUGUUUUUGUCUCUCCUCCUUUCUCUUUCUCAUCCGUUGCAUCUCUGAUGAACGACAAAAGGAGCCAGCAGCAGUUUGAGAAGUAGACGAAAAGCUUUUUGACUCCCGAGGAAAAUAUUUCGCCCCACCUUCCCCUCUGGCACGAGGUAAUGAGCAUGGUAAUCUGUUAGAUGAGGAAAAUAGGGCCUUCAAAACUACCCUGUUCACAGUCAUCAUCAAUCUGGAGAUGAUUGGAUUCGAUGAGACGAGGAUUUCUUUCAACAACGAAAGGCAAAAGCUUCAAUUUUAAUCCGACAAGAGUCGUGAGCUAAAGCUUCCACUGUCAUCAGCUUAAAUCCGACUUUCACUCUGUAGCUCUACGGAUUUAAAGCCCAGAUGUUGGCCGUUACAUAUAGAGCAAGAGAUUCUAUUGGUCUCGUACGGAAGAGAAUAAAUCGACUUAUUGCGUCGUGAAUGGCGCCUCUGAUUGAGUCGCUAUUGCAACCGCUCCUCGUCGUCGACUUACACGAAUAGACGGCCAAUCAUUCUGGCAACCUAGUAUAUUGGAUCACUUUCAAUUCCCUGUAAUCAGCGUGUACAACGAGAAACUCCACAACAUUGAAACUUAUCGCCGACUUUCAUGGCUCUUGCUGCCACGUGAAAAAUUCCUCGGCUCCUUGAUGCAUCGGAAAAAAACGUAGGAAAAACGACCACCCAACUCAACCCGUCGAGUCUGGUGCCCUAAGGUGAUGGACCGCGUGAAUGUGACACCAAGACAUCAAGAAUUUUCGUGAUCUGGCGCGGGGUCAUGUCUAUACCAAAGGAGAAAAAAUUGAUGGAAAUCAUUGGGCGCUCUCUAUUGCGCCGGAAGGGAACGCCACAAUAACAUGACGUCUCUUUUUUUUUGGAGCCCAGGAAAGAAAAAGCUGUCGACUUCUUCUAUUCCGAACAAAAAAAAAAAAAAAUGUUUUAGUUUGUUGUUCUGGAGCGAUUGGAAUCAUCACCAGUGAAAAAGAAAAGCAUCGCAACUGUUCGACAACCAAUAACUUUCGUGGCCGUGUUUGUGGAGACUCGAAACCAGUUCCGGAGCAAUUGUUUUCUACUUUCGUUCGUCCUUCACGAAAGAUUUGAUCCGGGAGAAAGAAACAAAACAAAAUCAACGAAUCAAGUGGGUCGCAUGAUGGCCGGACGCAGCCGCGUGGUCCGCUCCAUCCUCGUUGUCUACCUGUUUCUGCUGUCCACCGGACAUCCGGUGGAAUCGAAAGCUGAACACUCGACGAAAGAGCACUCGAAAAUUCGCCAAUUAAGCGGAAAUCAAUACCAGAGCCAAUACGGUAUCGUUCAGCCAGAAAGUUCUUCCAAUCAUCGAACCAAUUCGACUGUUAGUCGCCAUCUAUUUGCAUGGAGCGAAAUGGCCGUUGAAUCAUCCGACAAGUUGCCGCCCGCCACUUUAGCGUCGUCCAGCAUCUCCGAAACGGCCAGGUCGUCCGUAACUCGUGGCCGGAAGAAAGCCAAUGUUCCACAACGGAGGCAGCUUCAAUUGAGGCAGAAGAAAGCGCAGCAAGUGAAGAGAAAUAGCAAGAAAGUUGGCAGCUCUAACUUGAAACCCGUAAGCUCGUUGAAAAAGAGUUUGGAUGACGAAGAAGAGGAACAAGAAGAAGAAGAGGAAGAGGAAGAAGAAGGCGAUGAAGAAGAGGGUGGAGACGAAGAAGAAGGCGAAGAAGAGGAAGACGAAGAAGGUGGCGAAGAGGAAGGCGAAGAGUCGGACGUUGAAGAAGACAAUGAAGAUCCUGACGCGGAAGAAGACGAUGAAACUAAUCGGCGAAUCAGCAAACCGACAACUACAACUACAACAACAACAACGCCAUUGAUCCCCACUGCGUCAGCUGAAGUUGGACAGGAUUUUAUCGACCAUUCGUCUGAAUCCAACGGUGCCGAUAACCGCCAAGAAGCGGAAGGAAAACCAGCAGCGACAUCUUCCGUUUCUCGUGAGCCCGAAACAAACGACAGAGAAGACACGAGGACUGAGCGGCCGCCGGCCAAUCGGACGGAUGUCGUCGAGAACAAAGCGCUAGACGGGAAUGCAGCCAACGGAAGGGAUGACGUCAAAGUAGACCUAAUAUCCGGAUCUUUAGACGGUGACGUCAGCCCGUCACAUGCUAAUCAGACGCAUGUUGGCAACGCUGAGAAAUCAGAAGAUGAAAGAGCCAAAGGCGAUCAAUCUGGAAAUGGAAACAUCGAACUGUCACCAGCCGAAAAUCAGUCGGCGCCAUCUCCUCGAUUCGAUAAUGAAAUCGAUUGGCGUGAACAUGACGGUCGCAAGGAUGCGGCCAUCGGUCUUUCUAACGUCAUCAACGAAGAGAAAUUACAAGCCGUGCUGCAGCCAUCGAAAAUUGAAUCGGCAUCAUCGGAGGAGGAGGAGGAGGACGAACAUGAAGAAGCCAAUGAAAUCCGAGCUCAAGUCCAGCCCGGAAUCAAACCGUCGUCGUCCGUCUCUUCGAACGCGGUCGACGCUGAUGACGGAUCCAAUGAUAUUAAAGUUGAUUCAUCUGAAAAGGCCGUCAAAGGAGGCCGCGAUGAAUCCUUCCGCGCGGAAGAAGACGAUAGUGAAGAGGACGAAACAAACUUUCUACCGAUGGGCCAUUCUAGUGGCACUAAUAAAAACAAGCCGGCGUCUAACGAACCGCUGGCCGGCCGAGCGAUAACAGACAGCGGAGUAGCCGGUUCGGGUGAUGAAGAAGACGAAACGAACGACAUCCUGCCAGAUCGUUUGGCCUCCAACGUGCCAGACGAUGCGAGCAAAACAUCUGUUUCGUCGGUGAACGAGCUGGACGAAGACGAGGAAGAGGAAGACGCGGUGGAUAACGAAAUUGAGACGAUCGUCCCGUCCGAAUCCUUCAAUCAACCGGACCAUAAUAGGUUCCUUCACGGACAGACCAAUUUCAAUGCAGCCGUAUUAGAUACGUCGUGUGGACCGUUCACUUCGUUGCCCGUCAUUCCAAACGCGGUCGUCGCCAAAUACGGCAGGACCCGAUGGCCUUCGCCGCCCUUCAAUCUGCUGGCCGAGGUGAUUUUCGAAUGUCAAGACACGGACGUCUACCAGCUGGAUCCGACGCUACCCGAUCGCCUUUUCUGUUCCAAUCAGGAGUGGAUCGGACAACACCCGAAAUGUGUCACCAUCAAUCGCCAACAGCAGCCGCACUUUGCAGUGACAGACGGAGCCAGCGGUAAUGAUGAAGAGAAGGAGCUAGUGAUUCCACUUACGUCAUCGAUAUCGUCAAAUGGAGUCAACGUCAGCUCGACCGCUGGCCAACAAAUUAAUGAACGGAGUUGUUCCAACGAGGAUCGUGGAGGCUGCGAGCACGUCUGCUCUCAGUCUGCCGAGCCGGACUCAAUUCGUUGCUUAUGCUACAGAGGCUUCCGGCUGAAUGCGGACGGGAAAAGCUGCGUCGAUAUCGAUGAAUGUGAAACGGGCAACGGUGGGUGUGACGACAAAUGUUCCAAUCUGCCGGGCAGCUUUAUCUGUUCUUGUCCUGUCGGUUUCCGGCUAGCGUCCAACGGCAAGAAAUGCAUCGAUGUUAAUGAAUGCUCGUUGCGCAAUGGUCACGGCCCGUGCCAGGGCGCCUGUCACAACACUCACGGCUCCUACCAUUGCAGCUGCGAGGAUAUGCCAGGAACUCAAUUGGCAGCUGAUGGACAUUUGUGCGAAGAUAUUGACGAGUGCCGGACGGACAAUGGCGGCUGUUCACACUCGUGUCUCAACACGCUCGGCACUGCUUAUUGCGCUUGUCCCGAAGGCUACAUGUUGGCAGAUGACUGGAAAACGUGUGAAGAUAUCGACGAAUGUGAUUACAGUUCAGAUGAUGAUGAUUCGGAUCGAUUAUGUCCUGGCAUUUGCCGCAAUAGUAUCGGAUCCUAUGUGUGCGUCGAUCCGGAUGAAGAAUCAGUUCUUUGUCCACCUGGAUAUGAUGAUGAAGAUGAAGAUGGCCAUUGCCAUGAUAUUGAUGAGUGUUCCUUGUCGAACGGUGGAUGCUCGCAUAUUUGCACCAAUACCGAAGGCGCUCAUCGAUGCGAAUGUCCAUCCGGUCUCUUUAUUGAAGCGGACAACAAAACUUGCAAAGAUAUCGACGAAUGCGCUUCCGAUAACGGUGGAUGCUCCCACACCUGUGUCAACAUGCCCAGCAGUUACAAAUGCACCUGCCCUGAAGGUUACACCUUAGGUGAAGACUGGACAACGUGUCAAGACAUUGACGAAUGCGCUGAAUCUAAUCUGGCAACGUGUGGCAUCGUUGGCACUUGUUUCAACGUAAUAGGCUCUUUUCGAUGCCUCUGCCCGUCCGGUUACAAGGAAAACGACAUGGGCUGUGACGAUAUCGAUGAAUGUUUGAUGGAUCCUUGCGGAUCGGGCAAGUGCAUCAACAAAAUGGGGUCAUAUACCUGCGCGUGUCACGAAGGUUUUCGAUUUGAUAACCAGACAUGCCAAGAUAUCGAUGAAUGUAAAGAGAAUGUUCCGUGUCUCGAUGGCAUUUGCGAAAACACGGUCGGAUCCUUCACUUGCUCUUGCAAGUCCGGUUAUUACCUGGAAAACAAUACUUGCUUUGAUGUCGACGAAUGCACCAAUUCACCUUGUAUUGAUGGCACCUGCAUCAAUCAACCUGGCUCUUAUUUGUGCCUGUGCGAGCCAGGAUUUACGUUGGAACGGAACGUUUGCAUCGAUUUUGAUGAGUGUCUCAUUUCGCCCUGCAUUAACGCCACUUGCGUCAAUCAGAUCGGCAGUUACCGGUGCGAAUGUCCGGACGGCUACCUCUCUCGCAACAACUCCUGUUUUGACGUGGACGAGUGCCAAUCCAAUCCUUGUGUUAAUGGCCAAUGCAUCAACACGGACGGAAGCUACUGGUGCCGCUGUCUGGAUGGUUUCAAAGCUCUUGGAAAUAUUUGUUUAGAUAUCGACGAAUGCGAAACCGCACCGUGUGUCAAUGGCGAAUGUAUCAACACACAGGGAUCCUAUCAGUGCGAAUGUCAUCCCGGAUUUUAUCUUGAGGAUGAUUCUUGUUUUGAUGUCGACGAGUGUCAAGCCAAUCCAUGCGCCAACGGCACUUGCGUUAACCUGCUGGGCUCUUACCAGUGCAAUUGUCCACCUGGACACAUUUUGGUGGAUUCCCGGGUUUGUUUAGAUGUCAACGAGUGUGCCACAAAUAACGGGCAAUGCGAUCAGAAAUGUAUCAACACCCCCGGCUCCUAUUAUUGCGCGUGCGAUAAGGGCUUCUAUCUAGAUCCUGAGGAUAAACAACAGUGUCUGGAUGUGGACGAAUGCGACGUCAACAACGGCGGAUGCAGCCAAGUGUGCCUGAAUCGACCGGGCAAUUUCAGCUGCGAGUGCCGUACUGGAUACAUUCUUUCGAACGAUAAAUCCAGCUGCCUGGAAAUCGUGUCGGCCGUCACGCAUUAUUGUCCAGUCAUCGAGCCACCACCUGGCGGAUACCUGCACUGCUCGAGUCGGCCUGGUAUUGAAGGUUACAAACCGGGAAGCACGUGCACUUUGCGCUGUCGCAAAGGCUACGCUUUCCGUCGACACAAACCCCAAUUGACGUGGCAGGCCAACCAGGUGCUCAACAAACCUGCCCUUCUCCUCGAGGAAAAGAGCAACAUGCUGUCCGGUCGGCAAUCGAACGCCGGAUUGGCCAUGCUCCAAGGCUGGAAAGCCACGCAGGUCCGUUCUGGAACGACUAAAGAAGACUGGCAAUCCGCCAAUCGCACUAAUCCGGAAGAUGCCCAGAAAAAAUUGAAAAGAAAGAACCACGGCAAGAAAAAAGAAAACGAUAAACGGCAGGUAGUUGUUAAUGCUCCAGUUCAGGCUGGCCUUCAGAGGAGAGGUCGACAACGGACAGAUCAAGGUGAGAGAGUUAAACGCCAACUGCACGGUCGUCGUGAAUUCCCCGAUCAGCCGUUCCGGCGCUGUGGAGACGAUGGCAAAUGGAAGGGCAAGUUAGGAUUCUGUCAAGCUCUCACAUGCCCGCCACUAACUAAACCAGCCAACGGAAGCGUCAGUCCGCUUUCAUGCGCAACUGGCGACGCCGCACCCAAUCAGCUCUGCUACUUCACAUGCGAAACGGGCUUCCGCGUCACGGGUAAUCCCGUCCGCACUUGCUUGCCCAGCCUGAAAUGGAAUCCUCUCAGACCGCCGCCUGCCUGUGAAAAAGCUUCUGCCAAGGGUAACAAACAAGCCAAAAAACCGCGGCUCAAUGCGAUCGACGUAACAGUCCCCAACAAGACGAAGACGGCAGGUGCUGCCAUCUAUGAGACGCCGACUGAACUUGACUGGUCCCCAAAACCAAAACACAAACAACCCAAUCCUUCAACUACCCAACGUACAAAAGAAUCGCCUAGUCAACCGAAAUUCGAAUUCGAAGUUGAUUACAAACAGCCAACUCCACUCAUUGGUGUACCCCGUGUUGAACUUUUCCCGUCCAAAGUUGUCGAUCGCAACUAUUUUCAAUUAGCUUCAGUCCAUCCGUGGCCGCGUAUCGAGUGCCCCAAGGAUAUGACCAUUGAUCUUCCACCGGGCAAGAGGAGCACCGAGGUCUUAAUCCCUCAACCGGCCACCAAUGUCGAUUACGUCAGCCACGUCGAAGCUGAGCCCAGUUGGGCAAAGAAGUUGCGCGCAGAAUUGGGGCCUAUUCGCAUGGUGAUAUCGUUCAGAGCCAGAAAUCCGGCGACGGAAUACACGGCUAUCUGCUCGUUUGUCCUAGAAGUUCGAGACAGGGAAGCACCCACGGUGAAGAAUUGCCCGCACGACAUCCACGUCCGCCUCAGCUCGUUGGAACCGUACGCCAACGCUCCGUGGACCGACCCCGUUUUCAACGACAACAUUGCCGUCACGCACGUCAUCAAAUCCAAAGAACCCAAUUCGCUGUUUGCUUUGGGGGAACACGUCGUUUCUUACACUGCGUCGGACGCAGCUGGCAAUACCGCUCGUUGCCAAUUCACCGUCCAUGUUUCACCGGCACUAAUUCCAGCCGAGUUUAACCGGAGCGAAUCCUGCGUCCGUCUUGAAUCGCCACCCAACGGCGAUCUCAACUGUCUGUCGUGGACUUGGGGUCAAAUGUGCAGGCCAUCCUGCUCCGCUGGCCACGUUUUCUUCCGACCACUACCCUCGGCCGUCUACCUGUGUGGUCGCGAUCGCAGAUGGAAGCCCGGCACAUCGGUACCAGAUUGCGCUCCAACUUCCAUCAUACCGGAAGGCGGCUGCUCGGUUGGCUGGGAAGAGAGAAGAACUGGAGGCAUGCAGUGCGUGGGCUGCGCUCCAGGUCUACAUCGGCCGCUCAACUCGACGGUGUGCAUUCCGUGCCCUAUGGGCACGUACCAAGACAACUUUUCAGCGGGCAGCUGUAAGUCGUGUCCGAAGAAAUUAACCACUUGCGCAAUGGCAGCGAGACAGUGCACCGACUGCAAGCCGCCCGAAGAGUGUUCGGCGUCUUCUCAAAGGAAUUACAGUGGAGCUGGUGGUGACGUAAUCUCCCCCUCCCCAACGUUGUCUAAAUUACCGACAAAUCAACGACGGCGGCAACAACUCCAUCAACGGCAAAUGCGUCUACGUCAGCAACGCCACCGCCAAAAUAACAGUUCCACAGCAACAACAACGAACUUUCGUCGAGUUUGAAGAAAAAAUCUUCUCCCCUUUCGUCUAAUUUGAAAUAAUCCCUUUUUUUUUUUUUAAUAUCCCGUUGAACUUUUUUUUUUUUUCUAAACCGCUGAAAUCUCAUUGAAAAUGCAUCUGAUAUAAACAGAUUUUUUUUUUUUUUUUCGUUUUUAGGUUAAAAACAAAAAUUUAGACAAAGAUAAAAUAAGAAAGAAACCUGUCCGUCUUGAAGUAGAAAGCCAGUCGAUCCAUUUAAUUUUUAUUUUUUUUGCGUGAAGCGGAUUGCGACGUGAGCUGCUUUCUCUUCUCGUGUGUGUCUGAAUGUGUGGACUGAAAAACAAAACAAAAACUAACGCGGAAGAAGAAAACAACGAGGUAAUGCAAACUUUUUUCCUUUGAUAAAAAAAAAAAAACACAACUCAUCAGCGCAUGGGUUUUGUAAGUUAUUGAUGUCGAGCCAUUUGUGCCCUGCAAUUGUCGGAAUAUUUGACGUUUGGCUUUCGCCGCGGUUUCCUUUCUCUUUGUCAAUCCGAUUCUUUCCCCACUUUUUGAUUUUUGUUGUCUACAUUUUUCACUUCCCAAUUUCAAAAAAAAGACGCACAGUACACGGUACAUUCUUGCAGCGCAAACACGACACGAAAACAAGAAAUUGGUCGUGUCUUUCGUGCCAAGAAAAAAUUGAGAAAUGACUGGGAAUGUGCGUGAACGGCGGUGUAUGGAAUUAUGUUCCAAGUGUUUUUCUUUUCCUUUUUCAUUCUAGAAUUAUUUUUGUUGAACAAUUUUUCUGUGUAUGUGACUCUGUGUAUUCCCCCUUCCUUAUUACUGUUAUUAUUUUAAUUUUUUUUUUUUUUUCAUUUGUUUCGUUGUUGUUUUUUUUAAACGCAACUUUUAAACGAACGGACCGCGAAAAUGGGAACGCUGUUCCGCAAACUGAGAUUGACUGAUGCAACUGAAAAAAGAAACGAGUUUACUGCGACAAGCGAGAAAAUAAUUACAAAUAAAGCCGAAAAGAAGUAAUGAGA